ACUAUAAAAGAAAAGAAGAAAGGAGCUAGGGGAAGCUAAAGAGGAAGGUUUUGGUGGCAAAGAAAAAGAAGAAACUGAAGAGCAUGUCUGAACAAGGCAGCUGCCUCCAUCGCAAGCUAAGAAGCUGGUUCCACGAUUUUUUGCACGAAAGCUACACCGGACGUGCCUUGCCUAACCAGGCACUUGAUCGGCUUGUCCGACGACGACGACGACUGAGAUGCUCCCCUAACCAUGGAGUCCUCCUGCAGCCAUCGUCUAGCUAGACGCUACCACCAUUGAUCUUUCUCUCAUGGAGGCGCCCGGCUAAAUGCUUGAGUAGUUCUCAGCCAUCAAUUUCCACCCGAGUUAUAGCUAGAGAGAGGGAGGGAUGGCCGGGAUGGCGCAGGGCGCCGUGGACUCGCUGCUAGUGCGGCUGACCGCCCUCCUCAUCGGCGAGGCUCAGCUGCCGGGCCGCGCCCGCGGCGACGUGCAGUUCAUCAGGGACGAGAUGGAGAGCAUGAACAGUGUGCUCAUGCACCUCACCGACGCCCAGCACCGCGCCCACCACGUCCGCACCUGGAUGAAGCAGGUCGCCGGCCUCGCCCGAGACUGCGAGGGCGACGUCGACCUCUACGUCCGCCGUGUCGGAGCCCCUGCUGGUGAACGAAGCGCUGCCAACGGCCUCCUGCGGUACUUGCGGCGGCUCCUCUGGCUGCUGCGAACCGUUCCGGCUCGGUACCAGGUGGCCACACGGAUCCGGGAGCUCAAGGUCCGGGCGCGGGACGUCACACUGGAAGAUCAAGCAGAGCUCAUCUUCGACACGCUAGUCGCUCGAGGGUUUGUUCGUCCAGGAGAGACCAGCACCGCAAGCAAGAUCAAGAGCUGCACAGUACAUCCUAUAGUUCACGAGUUCAUUGCCACAUAUGUAAGCUUCGGGGACACAUGUUUGCCGCCUGAUGUGGCUCACCGCCUUCCCAUUAACAGUGGGAUAACACUACAACAUGCAUCAAAUUUUGACCAUCCCUUUGGUAGCAUCCUAACUCUUAUUGAAUCUAUGCAUGGAUCUUACGAAUGGAAGAUCUUGAAGGUGCUGGAUCUUGAAGGCUGCGCAGGCUUGAAGAAGAAGCAUCUCAAGAAUAUUUGCAAGGUACUACUCCUCAGGUACUUGAGUCUCAGGAACACAGAUGUUACCGGACUACCCAAGCAGAUUGAGAAGCUGCAGUGCUUGGAGACGUUGGACAUCCGGCAAACAGCAAUAAGGACAUUCUCCACAAAAUCUAUAACGCUACCGAUGCUAAAACACUUGCUCUCAGGCCACACAAACUCUCCAAGCGACAACUCUGAUAGGUUUGCAGUUUCGUUUGAGGCAGUGCGCCUUCCCAGUGGCAUUCGAAGAAUGAAACAACUGGAGAUAUUAUCCCAUGUUGAAGUUUCCAACAAUGUCAACGACUUAACUGACAUCAGCCAGUUGCUGCAACUGAAAAAAUUGGGUGUGGUCCUCCACGGUAAGAAAGGUGGCUUGAAACUUCUGUUCCAACAGAUUGAGAAACUGUACCUACGCUCCUUGUCAAUCCGGGUCAACCAACCGAUCAGAAGUGAGAGUGCUCCUGAUGCAGAGGUGGUGCCUGCUUUAGUCAAUCCUCCAAAACUUCUUGAGAGCCUGAACAUCAGUGGUAUCGCAGGUGGACUUCCCAGCUGGACUGCAGAUCUCGAUCAACUUUCCAAGAUAACAUUGCGGGAAACUUCCCUGGGGCCAGAUGAUAUAGACAUACUUGGCAAGCUAAGAAUGCUGCGGUGCCUUAGACUUCUGCACAAGUCAUACACUGUAACAACGCUCAACUUCAAGAAAAAAGAAUUCCAGCACCUCAGCUCAGUGGUUGUUGAGGGCAGUGAUAUCACCAACAUCAGCUUUGACACUGAAGCAGCUCCUAAGCUUGAGAUUAUCAUCUGGUCUUUUGCCACCAUGGAGGCUCUUUCUGGAGUGGACCACCUCCCUAGGUUGAAGAAGCUGGAGCUCAACGGUGACUGCAACCUGGAACCUGUGAGAGCAGCAAUUAAAAAGCAUCCUAACAAUCCUGAUCUAGAGCAUAACCCACACCAUCAACGCCAAGAAGUCGGAACGGCGAUGGCAGCCUCGUCCUCAUCAGCUUAAGCUCGCAUCGGUAUUUCUCGGUUGAUAUCUUCGAAUAAGGA